AUGCCUCUCUAUGAAGGUAUAAGCAUUGGAGAUGAACUGAAGGUGAUAGUUUUGGAUAUAGGAGCUGCAUACACAAAAUGUGGACUGGCUGGUGAGACCGGGCCAAGGUGUAUUAUCCCUAGCAAGGUCACCAAUACAAGAACAGGGCAGGUGACCAAAGUGUGGGACUACAGAAGCCCAAGUGAACUGUAUGAGACACUGAAAGAACUGCUCCAUGUUAUUAUUUUCAGACAGUUGCUGGUCACGCCAAAAGAUCGCAGAGUUGUGGUUGUGGAAUCAUUGCUGUGUCCUUCAGAUUUCCGAGAAACGCUAGCCAAGGUUUUGUUCAAGCAUUAUGAGGUUGGAUCUGUGUUGUUUGGGCCCAGUCAUCUCUUGUCAAUGCUGACCAUAGGCUGCAAUGUUGGCCUGGUGAUGGAUGUUGGCUACCAGGAAACUUUGGUUGUACCUGUAUUUGAGGGAAUACCUAUCAUGAAAGGCUGGCAGACUAUACCAUUUGCUGGUAAAGCCAUUGAGAGUCGCAUUAAGACCCAGUUGAUGGAGCAUGGGACCAUUAGUACACCCGAGCAGCAGCAUGAAGCAGUGUCCACUAUACCAGAUGUUAUUACUGAGGAAAUACUUGAAGAUAUUAAAGUACGAUGCUGUUUUGUAACUGAGUACUCACGAGGCCAGCAGAUUCAAGACGUCACAAUGAGGGGAGCUCAUGCUAAUACAUUGCCACCACCACCUCCAGACACUGAUUAUCCUUUGGAUGGCGGCAGUUUACUCAAUGUGACCGGACGUCUCAGAGAACAUACUUGUGAGGUUCUGUUUGAACAAGACAAUGACGAGACUUCUAUAGCCACACUGGUGCUGGAGUCACUUGUCAAG